AUGACGACCACCCCCCAAAAGCCCCUCUCAGCCAGCCCAGAACAGCACGACCAAUACGGGCGCCUCGCCCACAAUACCGCCCUCGCAUGCCUCUUCCUCUGCCCCGCCAUCGCGCUGCUCCCACCCCGCAAGCUUGACCUCUACACCUUCGGGCUCGCCGGGAUAUGGGGCCUAUCCGCGAACCACAUGAUCGCCUACCACAGCGGACGGUCAGUAUUGGGGCACCUACGACACGGCAUGGGUACCGUGAACGGCAGUGAGCUCCCAACGGAGCAGGCGCGGGAGUUCCAGAAGCGCGUGCGGGAAGAGCGGGAGGAGAUUGCGAGGCGGGGGAGGGAGGAGAAAGAGCGAGCUGCGGGGCUGAAAUCUGCGCAGGAGGCGUUUACGGGACAGCUUGAGGGGAGGGAGAAGGAGAGGCAGAAGGGCGUGCUGGAGAAGGUGUGGAUGGGGGGUGAGACGGAGGGGUGGAAGGAGCGGAGGCUGAGGGAGGAGCAGGAGGCUAUUGAUGAGGGGAGAGGGUAUGGUGGGCUGAUUAUGGAUCAGAUCUGGGAGGUGUGGAAUUGGGGGAAGAGGAAGGAGGAGGAUGGGGAGGCCGAGGCCGAGAAAGGUGAGCGGUCGAGGGAGGCAUGA